AUGGCGGCGCGUGCUUCUUUUCAACUACCACCACCACCACCACCACCACCACCACCACCAAACCCGCCACAGCGCGCCAGCGAGUCACCACAGCUUUCUAACGGCAUAACAAGAGUUAACGGAAGACGACAAAUGGAUGAGCAAGGAGUACAAUUCGGCCUCGCGAUCGAUCGCGACGGCCUCAGGCUCAACGUCGCCGUCGAUGGCCGCAACGGGCACGCAAAAAUCGGCGUCAACGUCGAUACCGACAACAAGGUCGAGAUCGUUGUCAGCGUAGAAGAGCCCACGACCGGGCGAGUCGACACCGAACCCGUCGUUUCGACCCACGGCGAAAUUUGA